GGCAAGCUAUGUGGAAACUCAACGUUUUUUUAGCGAUUUGCCUCGUGGCCGCAGAGGCGAUCCCGCGCAAGGAAAGGAUAGUAGGAGGUUCAAUCGUAAGUAUCACCCAAUAUCCCUUCGCUGCGGUUCUUUUGGUGUCUACAAAUAAUGCGGCCUUCCGGCAAGACUGCGGUGGUAUGAUCUUGAACAACAGAUCCAUCUUGUCAGCGUCUCACUGUUGGGUAGGUAAGGUCGCCACUACGUUCAGGGUUCGAGUUGGAUCUACCUUCGCGAACAGCGGUGGCGCAACGCACAACGUGGCCAGGCAUAUAACCCAUCCGCAAUAUAACGUUGGGACGUUCAUGAACAACGAUGUUGGCAUAGUGAGGUUGGCUACCGCCAUUGUGUUAGGAGGCUACGUUCGGGCGGGGUCGAUCGCUGGACCCAAUUACCACGUCGCUGACAACACAAACGUUUGGUCGAUCGGAUGGGGUCUUAUGUCUUGGGGCGGACAGCUCUCUGAGGAACUUCGCCAUGUUCAACUCAGGAUAACCAACCAAGCUGAAUGCCAAAGGGUUUACGGUUUCAAUAGCAUCAAUGCCAACAUGAUCUGUGCUGGAUGGCACACCGAUGGUCGGGGUUCCUGCACAGCUGAUUCUGGCGGACCCCUUCUCCAUAACAGUGUAGCUGUAGGCAUCACCUCCUUCGGUACUGGAUGCGGUGAAGCUAGAUGGCCAGGCGUCUACGCAAGGGUUUCGAGAUACGCCAGUUGGAUUCAAUCGAAUUCUUAAUUAAUGAAUAAAUACUAUACUUGUCUC